UCUGAAUGCUUGCGGCUUCCGUACCGCUCUGUCUGCUGGCACUUGGCAUCAGACCGGCGGUGAAACGCAGCGAUUAAACCGUAAAAAUCCAGAAAUUUCUGGGUCAGAAAGAUGAGCCGAAAUUAUAACGAUGAGCUGCAGUACCUGGAUAAAAUCACCAGUAACUGCUGGAGGAUUAAAAAGGGAUUCGUUCCCAACAUGCAGGUCGAGGGGAAUUUCUACGUCAAUGAUUCUCUGGAGAAGCUGAUGUUUGAGGAGCUUCGUAACGCCUGUCGAGGGGGAGGUGUGGGUGGCUUCCUUCCGGCCAUGAAGCAGAUCGGGAACGUGGCGGCGCUGCCCGGGAUCGUGCACAGGUCCAUCGGUCUCCCAGACGUCCACUCCGGAUACGGGUUUGCUAUCGGAAACAUGGCGGCCUUUGACAUGGAUGACCCUGAUGCUGUGGUGUCUCCAGGUGGCGUCGGCUUUGACAUCAACUGCGGCGUCCGUCUGCUGAGGACGAACCUGGACGAGGGCGACGUGCAGCCGGUGAAGGAGCAGCUGGCCCAGUCCCUGUUCAACCACAUCCCGGUGGGAGUCGGGUCCAAGGGAGUCAUCCCCAUGUCAGCCAAGGACCUGGAGGAGGCUCUGGAGAUGGGCGUGGACUGGUCUCUGAGGGAGGGAUACGCCUGGGCCGAGGACAAGGAGCACUGCGAGGAGUACGGCAGGAUGCUGCAGGCAGACCCCAACAAGGUCUCCUCCAAGGCCAAGAAGAGAGGCCUGCCCCAGCUCGGGACUCUGGGAGCAGGAAACCACUACGCCGAGAUCCAGGUGGUGGACGAGAUCUACAACGACUACGCCGCCAAGAAGAUGGGCAUCGACCACAAAGGUCAGGUGUGUGUGAUGAUCCACAGCGGCAGCAGAGGCCUUGGACACCAGGUCGCCACAGAUGCUCUGGUUGCCAUGGAGAAGGCGAUGAAAAGAGAUAAGAUCACAGUGAACGACCGUCAGCUGGCCUGCGCUCGCAUCACCUCUCAGGAGGGCCAGGACUACCUGAAGGGCAUGGCCGCCGCAGGAAACUACGCCUGGGUCAACCGCUCGUCCAUGACCUUCCUCACCAGACAGGCCUUCUCCGAGGUGUUCAGCACCACGCCGGACGACCUGGACAUGCACGUUAUCUACGACGUCUCGCACAACAUCGCUAAGGUGGAGGAGCACAUGGUGGACGGGAAGCAGAAGACUCUGCUGGUCCACCGCAAAGGAUCCACCCGAGCCUUCCCCCCACACCACCCCCUCAUUCCUGUAGACUACCAGCUCACAGGUCAGCCCGUGUUGAUCGGAGGGACGAUGGGAACCUGCAGCUACGUCCUCACAGGGACGGAGCAGGGAAUGACAGAGACGUUCGGCACCACCUGUCACGGAGCGGGUCGAGCUCUCUCUCGAGCAAAGUCCCGCAGGAACCUGGACUUCCAGGACGUCCUGGACAAACUGGCCGACAUGGGCAUCGCCAUCCGAGUGGCUUCACCCAAACUGGUCAUGGAGGAGGCUCCUGAAUCAUACAAAAACGUGACGGAUGUCGUCAACACGUGUCACGACGCUGGAAUCAGUAAGAAGGCGAUCAAACUGAGGCCGAUCGCUGUGAUUAAAGGCUGAAGCACAAACCUGCAACAUAUUUAAAGACAAUUUCAAAAAAACUAAACCACCAGAGACGACAACAGGAACCUGGAGAAGCAGAAGAUAUUCAAACAACUUCGCACUUUGUUUUGUUUUUGAGGAUAAGCUGAGUUUAUGUUGAAGAGUGAAAAAACAGAACGUCUUGUUUUCUGGAUGAAAUUUAAUUUUCCUGUUAAACGUGAUCCAAAUAAAGCCGAUCGCUGAAAACUGAAUUAAACAUAAAAUAUCAUCAGA